AUGCAAGGAAUCACUAUGGACAUAAUCACAGCCACUUCAAUUGUUAAAGGUUGUUUAAAUUAUAUUAUUUCUUAUCGAAAUACAGGAUAUAUUUGCGCUGUUUCAUCUGCUAAAAAAAUUGCUGAAACUUUAAAUGUGGAAACAAGUUUCAAACCCAAAAGACAUAGACUAACUAAAAGACAAUUUCAAUAUGAAAGCUUAGACAAUUAUGAACCUACUCCAGAAGAGGAAUUUAAAAGAGAUUUUUUCUUCUGUCUUAUAGAUACAAGUAUAACAUCAAUACAGUCACGUUUUGAACAGUUGGAAUCUCAUAAAAAUACAUGGGGAUUCUUAUAUAAUAUUUCUGAUUUGCCUGAACAUGAUACUUUGGUAAAACAUUGUAUGGAUUUACAUAAUACACUUAAAAAUGAAGACCAAAAUGAUAUCAAUGGACUAGAUUUAUGUGUUGAAUUGGAACAUAUUAAAACUCUAUUACCAAAAGAUGUAUCUUCUCCAAAAGCAGUAUUGGAAUAUAUGUUACAAUCUAAUACAUCUGAUCUAUUCCCAAACACCUGGAUAUCCUUAAGAAUUUUAUUAACAAUUCCUGUUACUGUUGCUAGUGGUGAGAGAAGUUUUUCGAAAUUAAAACUUAUUAAAACGUAUCUGCGUUCGACAUUGGGAGACGAAAAAUUGACAUCUCAACAAUCCUUUCUAUUGAAAAUGAAAUAG